AUGGUGGCGCUGACCACCCUUAUUGCAGCCGUCGCCAUCGGAAAGGCGGCCGCAGGAACACCAGGGGGAGGGAGCUACUUAGGUGAUGUCAACGUCUCGGCGAUAUUGGACUCUUUCAGCGCCAGCUACGACAAAAGAGUAAGACCAAACUACGGAGGAUCCUGCUCACCCUUCAAAAAUGACCUGACGAUCGGUUAUAGUCAAGCAAAUAGAGACCUGAAAGCGUUGAAGACCGAUAAGGAUUAUUUGGUGGCUGAGAUUUUGCAUGCUAUAAAACAAAUGUAA